AAAAAAAAAAACAAAAAACAAAUACUAAAAGAAAUUUACAAAAAACAGAAAUACUAAACAAAUAAUCCCAAAAAGUAUAGAACAGCAAGAGAAACAGAAAAAUCGCAAAUUAGCAUUCAAAAUAAACAAAGAAACAAGUGCGGCAAAAUUGUGAAACAAUUAAAACGAAACGAGACUUUUUUUUUGGUAAAAAAUCACGGAGUUUUUCGAAUUAUUUUCCAAAAAAAUCCUUAAGGCAAAGUCCUAUUUUUUUAAUAAUUUGAAAAGAAAGCCGAGAUUAUGAUAAAACUAAAUAUAUGUGCUGCGAGUGUCUUCUUGGUGGUGCUGCUGGGCUGCAGUCUGUUGCAACAAUGUUCCGGUCAAACAACAGUGCGUCCUUACAAGUUCGGCUUUACCAUCGAUGAACAGCAGCAUCGAAGUGAAAAAAGAGAUGAACGUGGUAUUGUUAUGGGAGAAUUUGGUUUUAUCACCGCCGAUGGCAUCUAUCAUGUGACAGUCUAUGCCACCGAUGAGGAGGGAAAAUUCCGUAUUCUGGCCAUGAAGAGUUAUCCUUAUGAAUCACCGCCAAAAACUAUGGAAAUUAUUAUGUCGCCCAAACCUGCUGCUUCCAACAUUGUGACCACAACUGUGAAGCCCAAACAAGAGUUAUCGCGUCACAAUUUCUACAAUGAGGGCUGUUCAGGUUGUUUCCUAAAAAAUGCUGAUGAUGAGCCAAAGGCUAAAGGGGCAGCAGAUGCUUCAAAGUCUGGAAUAAGACCAUUAUCAAAGGCUCUACCGAAUGCCUCAAAGGCAUCAAAUGUUCCUGCAACAAAGCCAUCAAAUGUUCCUGCAAUCAACACCGCAGCCGGAACUUCUUCAACAGGAAUCAACAAACCAUCUACACCAGCAUUCACCAACACCAAAGCUCCCACUUCCACCAACACAUAUACAAACAACAAAAUUCCCACAUCAACAUUCAAUACAAACACAAAAGCUCCCACAACAGUAUUUGCAGCUAGCAAAGCUCCUGCGCCCUCACUGUCAAAUACCAGGGGGCCACAAUACAAUGCGGCAGCGGCAUCUAAUGUCGUUCCUAAAACACAAACACCACCUACAGGAGGCAGAAAAGAGAACAAACAGACAUUUGCAGCAAAGACACCAACCAAAGAAAUGGAUAUCAUGGACAUUAUUGUUAAGGAUGUGCUGCCAGCUGUAGUUGGCUCAGAGGGCGUUGUAUCCGCGCCACCAACCAUUAUGAAGCCUUCUGGCAAAUCACCCACAAACUCCUUUGGCGCAAGCGGCAAAUCACCCUCCUCAAAAUCUGGCAGCAAUGCCUUUGGCAAGGGAAGCAGUUCCAAUUUCAACCCCAAAAUAGCGGCUGUUGGUGGUGACGGUGACUUGUAUCGCUUCAAAUACAUUUUGGACUACCACGGCCACACAGAGACUGGAAAGCGCAAUGGCAAUAAGGAGGGCAAUUUCUAUGCCAUUGGCGAUGACAAUGUUGAGCGCACCAUCGAGUAUGUGGCAAAUGAAAAUGGCUACUAUCCACACAUUACAUGGCGCAGACUGAACGAGAAGGAGAGCCGACCGGCGGAGAACACCUUAAAGGAGUACGAAUUCGUUUGGUUUACCGACAACUGAAGCGUUUUUAGGUUUGUUAAACUGAAACCGACCCAUAGGACUAGAUAAUCCCACAUGCGAUAGAAUUCAUCCUGAAGCUGUGUUCAUAUUACUGUACAACGAUUAUUUUAUUAUUUCUUUUUUUAGUUUCUCCAUUUAUGUUUUAUUUAAUUUUAGUAUUUUUUUAGUGUUGUUUUAGUAGUUAGAUAUUAAAUUAUUUGAAGUAUGAAAUACAAAAACAAAAAAAAAACACAAC